AUGAGUGCUCCAGCUACUGAUGCAACAUGUCCGACAACACCUGGAUUGUCUUCAGAAGGAGGAUUUGACCCAGGACUCGAUUGGUCUUCGGUAAAGGCAAAUCCAACAGCAAACUGGCAUGUUAUCGGCUGGGUGGUUUGUCUCUUACUGCUAGCAAUUACAUGGAUUGUCUCUAUUGUUACAGUGACAAAGCAUUUAAGAAAUUACUACGAGCCGCAGAUACAAAGGCAUAAGCUACGAGUGUUGCUAUUUCCGCCCGUGUAUGCUACAUUAGCAUGGUUCUCUUACUUGAGAUACGAUUAUGCAACGACCAUCAUGUUCUUUGCUACCAUGUUUGAAGCGUUUGCAGUCUUCAACCUUUACACAUCGCUGCAGGCUUAUCUCGAGCCAUUCAGACAAGAAGCGGCUGGCUUGAAAGAAGAAAAGGACACCAAGAUCAUGUUUGUCAAGAACCUUCAUCUUAAAUCCAUGUGGGGCAUGCACUAUCGAACCAUCACCGAUAUCCUUGUUUUCCAAUAUCCAGUAUGGUCUCUCAUUGAUUCAUUCAUGUCUAUAUUUGCCCAAUUAAAAGGUCGUUAUUGUGAAGGCGUCUAUAGUUUCAAAGGUGCCUACGUCUAUUUGACCAUCAUCAACUUUAUCUCCCUUUCCAUCAUUUUGACUGCAUUGUUCACUUAUUUGGACGUCUAUCAUCGUGAAUGGAAACGAGGUAAUGUGCCUGCUCAUGGCAUGUUUUGGUGUGUCAAAGGUCCCAUCAUGUUUAUCUUUUAUGUGGGUGAAAUGCUGUUGACUAUUCUCACUACGGCUGGUGUGAUUCAAGGCACAGACGGUUCUCAUGGUAGCAUUGCCUGGCCUGCAGAUGCAGUCAAAAACGGCCUCUAUGUGAUUAUCAUCUGUGUCGUCAUGUUUGUAGAUUGUUUCAUGAUGCUCCGUUUCUUUGGUCCCAAAGACAACAUUCAAAAUGCUGCCAAAAACGGCCAAGUCAAGAAGAUGGGCUACUGGCAUGCUUUUUACGAUGGCUACAUUUCUUAUAUUCCUGAAUUCUUUUAUUUGGUGGCAUGCUGUGGUGCUGAUUCAUUCAAAUUGAUCAAGAAGCGCAAAGAACUCAAGAAGAAAAAGAACUUAGAGGCAUUGAAUGGCACCAACAGCAAUCCCAACAACAGCAGCAAUCCAACAGAUCAUUUGCUCGAUAACAGCCAGAACAAUGUUACUAUUCACAACGAUCACUCUGAGUACAAGAUGGAAAAUCUCGGUACGUCGACCACUACAACUGCUGGUGCCUAUCAACCGGCUAUGUCUCAAUAUCACGCAAAUCAUUCAGGCGAUUCCACAAAUAGCUAUCAGACGCCACUGCAAAUGCCAGAUGCAAAUGCAUACCAGCAAAAUGUGUAUCCUCAAUCGAGCUACACUUCAGCUCAACCUCAGCCUGUGCAUCAUCAUCAACAGCCUACAUUCCCUGAACCCUACGACCAACAAGGGCCUUACAAUCCACAGCGCCAAAACACAUAUUCGCAACAACCAUUCUAG